UGCAUGAGCCAAAACAAACCUCUGACGCGUGUCAUGGCGCCAGCACCGCGUCCCUGAUGUGAACUCUUUCUGACAGAUUUCGAUGCUUUCCAACACAUAACGAGGAAACGCAACGCAACACAUAAAUUGCACGAGGAGACGAUCCGUAGAUGUUGGCUUCGACUCACCCCAAAGCCCUGAGGGUUGCACGGUGCACAGAUGUUUCAGAGCUUUUCUGGCCUCCUGGAUGAAUCGUCAAUGGACUCGACUACUCUAAAGCUACUCCAGCUGGGGCAAAAUGUGUUCCUUUUCAAGGUGGGAGGGACCAUGUACAACACGGGCCGCCACGUCUCCCUGCGACUGGACAAGGAGCAUCUGGUUAACAUCUCCGGGGGCCCGAUGACGUACAGCCAUCGUCUGGAGGAGAUACGACUACACUUUGGCAGUGAGGACGGCCAGGGCUCUGAACACUUGCUGAACGGACAGGCCUUCUCUGGAGAGGUUCAACUGAUUCACUACAAUCAUGAGCUGUAUACGAAUUACACGGAAGCGGCGAAAAGCCCCAAUGGACUGGUCAUAGUGUCCAUAUUCAUGAAGAUCGCUGAGACGUCAAACUCUUUCCUGAAUCGCAUGCUGAACAGAGACACCAUCACAAGAAUAACAUAUAAAAAUGAUGCAUAUCUUCUGACCGGCCUCAACAUAGAAGAGAUCUACCCAGAAACGAAUAGUUUUAUCACCUACGAAGGAUCGAUGACUAUCCCUCCAUGCUUUGAAACGGCCACAUGGAUCCUGAUGAACAAGCCAGUGUACCUCACACGCAUGCAGAUGCACUCCUUGCGGCUGCUGAGCCAGAACCAGCCGUCUCAGAUCUUUCUGAGCAUGAGCGACAACGUUCGCCCCGUGCAGCCGCUGAACAACCGCUGCAUCCGCACCAACAUCAACUUCAGCAUGCAGGGCAAGGACUGCCCUAACAACAGGGCUCAGAAGCUUCAGUACCGGGUGAACGAGUGGUUGCUAAAGUAGGCGCCUCCCCUCUCUCCGCCCUUCCUACGGAUGAGCGAGGACAAGAAACGAAUGUCGGAGACGGAGAGCGGGAACGAGGCAGGUGGAGCGGGACGUCGGGACGUCGGAAUGUGGAAUCGGUCUAAAGGCUUCAUCUCAUCUGAGAAUCUUUCAUGACGUUGUACAAAGAAAGAAACGGAUCACUUUUCUUUUUUUCCUUGAGCGAGAGAACUUGCGAAUGAAAAGACUCUUCUUUUCAUACAUUGAGAACUGUUAUAGCCCUCAAGCUAACACAUCCUUCCUCCCCUCCUUAAACUGUAUGACUACAUCUAUAUGAACAUUUUGAUACGGAUGAUUUUUUUUUUCUGUUUUGGGAGGAGCAAUCAAAAUAGAAGACUCUUAAAGUUAAAAAAAAAAGAAAGAAAAAAGAAAAUUUAAAUGAUUUGAUAGCCUCCCAGCCAAUAGGACAACCUCGGGACAUUAAAGCCUUUGUACAUAAAAAAAAAAAGAUGCUGCCAUCAGUGGUACCAUCCAACGACAAACCCACCGGUCAACGCUAAGCAGUCAACGGGACUCGCACGAACAUUUCAUCACGGUCACCCGUACGGGGCAUGUAAUCAGCAGGAAGCUACAAAGACGACACAGCCUUACUUAAGUCAUUUUUUAUUUUUUAUUUUUUUUUCCCAAAACUGAGUCAUGCUACAGGAAACGAGCAAUCUGGCGCGGAGCGUCCCGGGGCCUCGUGUUGUACAUAUUACUACUAUUAUCGAUACCGGAGAAAAACGACAAUGUAAAGAAAAAGUGACGAAUUACAGAAUAAAAUCCAAAAAAAAAAAAAAAAAAAAAAGAUAUAUAAAGAAGAUUUGAAGUGGAAAAAAAAAAAAAGAUACAAAAGUUAUGAAUUUUAAACAGCUUGGCACACUUUGAAUUCUCGAGCGGUUCUCGGUGUGAGCUGAUGCCUUUUUUUUUCUGUUGUUUACAAUGGUCAUACACUGUGUUUGAGUAAUGUUAUCGGCCCAAUAAAUGUGUCUAAAAAGUCC